AUAUAUAAAAGCUCUACCAUUGAAUAUGUAAACCCCAGAUUCAAGAACAACUUAUUUAAAAUGGCAGCUGAAACUACCUCAACAUCUCCGACCAUUGAUCCCUACCAAUUCAUUCCUUUCUCCCGCAGUCCCGACGGCACUGUCACUCGCAAUAACAACGAAUAUUUUUUGAAGCCCAUAGCCGGUGAAGACCUCGAUCCUCGAGUUUUUUUCAAAGACGUCCCCAUCAACAGUUCAAACAACACCUGGAUUCGCAUAUUUCUUCCCCGUGAAGCAAUCGAUUCUUCCUCCACCAGAAAGCUUCCUCUCAUUGUUUACUAUCACGGCGGAGGCUUCGUUCUGGGAAGUGUUGAUGACAGUAUUUUCCACGAAUUUUGCUCAAACGUGGCGCUUGAAUAUCCUGCUGUAGUUGUCUCCGUCCAGUACAGGCUUGCCCCGGAGUACCGUCUUCCAGCGGCGUAUGAUGACUCCAUGGAAGCAUUAAACUGGAUCAAAACUACCCAAGACGAGCUGUUAACAAAACACGCUGAUUUCUCUUCAUGUUUCUUAAUGGGGAUAAGCGCAGGUGCGAACUUGGCGUAUCAUAUAGGACUGCGUGUAGCAGCACAAGUUGAAGACCUUUUGCCAUUUAAGAUCAAAGGGCUGAUACUGCAGCAACCCUUCAUCGGUGGGGUGAAGAGGACGGAGUCUGAGCUAAGGUUGAUGAAUAAUCAAAAUUUUCCGGUUUGCCUUAGUGAUUUAAUGUGGGAAUUAUCAUUGCCCCACGGUGCUGACCGUGAUCAUGAGUAUUGCAAUCUAACGAUGGGUGGUGGGUCGGAUUUGUUAGAUCGAAUUAAGCAACAUGGAUGGAAGGUGUUGAUCACGGCGACUACAGGGGACCCAAUGAUUGAUCGUCAGAUUGAGAUGGUGAAGAUGAUGGAGCAAAAGGCGUUACAGGUAAAAAGUCAUUAUGAUGAAGGAGGUUAUCAUGGAAUUGAUCUUCUUGAACCUGAAAAACGUACGGCCGUGCCUGUUAUCAUGAAAGAUUUCGUAACUUCAGCCAUGGCUCAGCAGUGAGUCAAGGAUCUUGUUGCUUAACUAGGGAUUUGUCAUGUUCGCUUUCAAUAAAAAUAAAAUAUUUUUAGGUCUGGCCUAGAGUAACGUUUCCGGCACCGUUGAGUCUUCAACGAUUCAGGAGUCAAAGUAUUAUUAGUGAGAUCCAAUAAUAAGGCGCUUCCUGUUGUAAUUUCCUUCGUAAAUUUUAUUUAAUAAUAUUGUAUGAGUUUUGUUGA